UUAUUCUAUAGUUAGGUACUUAUAGAUACUCGUUGUUUAUUACAACAUAACACGUCUGUAAAUAUUGGAAUUGCGAACAAGGAAUGACGACAAAGUGCGAACGAGGCGGCGUCUCUGCAUCACCGCUGGUUGCGUUGGUGGGGCGAGGCUGGAUCUCGGCAUUAACUUUUUGGCACGAGGAGAAAGUACGCUUGGUGGUGGCCGAAGACCUCGGCGAUGUCGGCGGCACUCGGUGGACUCCGCGCGCCCGCGGCCGACAUUCGGCCUGCAUUUUAUACACGGUUUGCGAAAUAAUGCCACUGAAUUGCUGACGCCCAAUUCGCCACUAAACGCGCCGUGCGCGGAGAUGCCGCGCAAAUAAAUAGUGGUGCGCACAGAUACCACCGUGCUUUUGUUCCCACGACAAUGUGCCAAUGGAGAGAUUUGUGAGUAAUUUACGUGGUCUUCGCUUUUAAUACUGACGCCAGGGAAAUAAGUUCGCCGGACGCAGCUGUUCUUGACAACCAUGUGUCAACAGGCAAUAGAUCUCAGCGGUUCCUGUUCGACGCUAUAUUCGGCCUGGAAGUGCCGAUCCUCGAAGAGCAGAGCGUGGAGGACGACGAAGAUGACACAACCAUCAAAACAUGCUCAUGUGAGUGCGGCAGGGCAAACCCACUUCCUAGAAAGAUGGAGUGCGGUGGGUCUAACCAGGAGAACCGCAUCGUGGGCGGAAUGCCGACAGGCGCCAACAGAUAUCCAUGGAUGGCCCGUAUUGUAUACAACGGCCAGUUCCAUUGCGGAGCCUCUCUGCUGACCAAGGAGUACGUUCUCACAGCGGCACAUUGCGUCAAGAAACUCAAAAGGUCGAAGAUACGAGUGAUAUUAGGCGACCACGACCAGACCAUAACGACUGAAAGCGCGGCGAUCAUGCGAGCCGUGACAGCCAUCGUAAGACAUAGGAACUUCGACGCCGUAUCCUACAACAACGACAUUGCCCUACUUAAGCUAAGAAAACCGGUCAACUUCUCGAGGAUCAUCAAACCAGUGUGCUUACCGCCGCCAAGUAUUGACCCUUCGGGUAAAGAGGGUUUGGUGGUGGGCUGGGGGCGUUUAUCGGAGGGAGGACAGCUGCCAGCCAUCGUGCAAGAGGUCCGCGUGCCAAUCCUGUCUCUCACGCAGUGUAGAAACAUGAAAUAUAGAGCUACACGAAUCACUACCAAUAUGAUAUGCGCGGGUCGAGCAUCCACGGAUUCCUGUCAAGGCGACAGCGGAGGGCCAUUGCUAACAAACGGGGAUAAAUUUCAGAUAGUAGGUAUAGUGUCAUGGGGCGUGGGAUGCGGAAGACCGGGAUACCCAGGAGUUUACACUAGGAUAACACGGUAUCUGCCUUGGUUAAGGGCUAACUUAAGAGAUUCGUGUCUGUGUGAAGAUUAAUAUAUAAAAACUAUUAUUAAAUAGUAAAUAUAAUAUAAUAUUAUAUAUUAAAUAUAAUGUAAUAUUUAAUGAAAUAAAGAUUUAUUUUUUUAAAGAAAAGUAUUGAAUCGAUUGUCAAACAAUUUUAUAUUAUCUUAGUUUUUGUAUCUUCUUCGAUUAGUAAGAGAUUUAGCAAAGCUUUAUUCUUAAAUAUUUGAAACAUUUUGUAAAUGUUACUCAUAAUAGGUUGUAAUGUGACAUUAUUGAACGUUUAAUUUAGACACUUACGUUAUGUAUAGCGUUUUGAUAAUGUAUUUAAUAACAUAUGAACAACUGAUAUAAUAGUCUUUGUUAAUAUCAUAUUUUAUUAGUAGUCUUUUUGUAAAUACCUAUUGUCUUUGUUUUUUAAAUAUCACACACCCUUACAAAAUAAAACACCCGCUCACAAAAAUAAUUGCUUGAGCUUUAAGGUUAAAGGCAAUUAUGUUUUGCCUUAAUGCACCAUCAAAAUAAAAAGCGUACAACCAGCAGCCAAAACAAUUUGUUUAAUUAAAGUUUUGUUUUUAGUUGUAAACCAGAUUUGUGCAAAUGUUUGGGUCAGUUGCAUCAUGUGUGUAGUUUGCUCAUAGAUUUUAUUUAAGACGAAGGAAGUAGAUUCAUUAUGCCUUAAUGAUAGAAUUUUUAAAAUGUAUUUUAAUGAAUUUUAAAUUCAUUUAUUGUUUUAGUCUAAUUCUAUUUUUAAAUUUCCUUAAGUGUAAUUUAAGCUGAUCUAAGGACAGGCCGGUGGUGCAGAUUACCAUUAGAUUUUAAGACGUAUACUACUACCUAAGUGUUCAACGUGUUUGUACAUAUUUGUUAAUUUAUUAUACAUAAUUUAAAUAAUUUAUAUUUUAAUUGGUAUUGUAAGUGUAAAUGUUUUCAACAUAUUGUAAACGGCUACAACAGAGUACCUAAUUUUGAAUUUGAUUUGCUUCAUUACUUUAUGUUUUUAAUUGCUUUAUGGCUUCAUUACUAAUUCAAAAUCGUUAACUUGACGUUUUAUUUUGGUAAUAUUAAUAUUGACAAAAUAUUAUAAUUUAUCUGACAUGCAAGAUAAAAUGAGAUCGUCAAAUAUAUUAUUCUUUUUUUAGUACCUACAUCAAUCUGAUUAAGUUUUAAGACUGUACAUUUCGGCCUAAACCGGUUAUUAUCAAAAGUCCAUCGCAUUAUUCUACUCAAUAAUUUAGGCCUUUGUAAGUAAAACAAAAAAAAGUCAAUUUGUUAUUAAGUGAAGUAAAAGUUUAUAUUAACCUCAUUAUAGAUAAUUAUUUUUUCUAUUUCUUAAGCUUAGAAUAUAUUGAGAAAUAAUAAUAGUAACGGCACAAUUUGGAAGGUGUCUAAAUCGAUCAACACAAAUAUUUUCACUGCGCGACGCUACACCGUGUGUAGGAAUAGCGAAUGCAAAUACCUAUAAAUGGGUCACGUAAAGAGAGCAGGCGCCAUGCUAUAAGCUAACCACAGAAAAUUGCUAUUCGUCUCAUUAAAGUGAGCCCAUUUUAAUACUGCGGUUGGUAAUGGGGCGAUUUUAUCUGAAGCAUUAUAACUCAUAUACACACCAGCAUGACUUUGCGGGUAAGUCAUUUAAAAUGAAAACAACCAAGGGAUCAUGUAGAAACGGCAUCCGUUUUAGAUCUAAGUAAACGCUCUUUAGGCUACGACUGUGAUCUUAAUCACGAUAAAAUUGUUUAAUUCAAUGUCGUUCGAUUAUCGUCUCUAAGUUAUUGUUUAAUUUACACUUUAUAUAUUUUAUUGUUUGUAAAUUUUAUAAAAUACUCAGUUAUUGAUGUUAAUAAAUCUAUAAUAUGUAAAUAAAUAA